UUGACAGCCAAAGCAGCAUUUAAAAUAAUGCAUGAUAAAGUAAACAAAAUUUUCAAACCCACAAAACUUCCACCGUUGGCAAGACUUAGAAGAAUAAAUGUAGAUUCUCCCGCUGAAAUUGAAGAGAGUAACGUCGAAGCAACACCAGAGACGCAAACAAAAGAAAUGGAAGACGCAGAAGAGGCGGAAGGUGUCAUUGUAGCGGAAAUUACUAUCCCCUCUGAUAUAAUAUCUGAUCCAACCGACGUUUUUCUACCAAUAGAUGCGUUACACCUGAGCCAAAUUUCUGUAGACAGUUACAUUGAUACUAUAACAACUGAUCCAGAGAACGGCUUUCUAUCAGAAGAUGCGAUAAACGUCAACCAAAUUACAUUUAAUAAUGAGAUUCGCAGAAUUAUCAACUUUGAUAAUCUGGAAAUGAUAAUUGAUGAAAAUACAGAGAAGGAAACAGAUGAAAAUGAAGAAAACUCCAAUGGAAGCGAGAUUAAUCAGCAAUUGACAAGUCAACAGGUGCUUAUAGCUGCAGAAAACUCGGAAAGAUUAAUCAACUUUGACAAUCUGGGAAUGGUAAUCGGCGAAGAUACAGAGAAGGAAACAGAUGAAAAUGAAGAAAACUCCAAUGGAAGCGAGAUUAAUCAGCAAUUGACAAGUCAACAGGUGCUUAUAGCUGCAGAAAACUCGGAAAGAUUAAUCAACUUUGACAAUCUGAGAAUGGUAAUCGGCGAAGAUACAGAGAAGGAAACAGAUGAAAAUGAAGAAAACUCCAAUGGAAGCGAGAUUAAUCAGCAAUUGACAAGUCAACAGGAGCUUAUAGCUGCAGAAAACUCGGAAAAUAAACAAAAAGAGGCAGAUGAAGAAAACUACCAGAAGUCCAAUCAGCAAAAGUCUACUGAUGUAAUGAACUCGAAAUAUAAAAACCACAAACAUAACAGGAAACCAACAUGGAGGUCAACAUCCUAUAAGUUAAAAAACUUUUAUAAAGUUCAGAUUCCUCAAUGGCAACUAAACCCUAACCAACCCCGAUGGCAACCAAGCCCUAACCAUCCCCGAUGGCAACCAUACACUCAACAUCCCAGAUGGCAACCAUAUCCUCAACAACUCAGAUGGCAACCCUAUCCUCACCAUUCCCAAGGAAAUCUGCACACUCAUUAUCGUCGAGCAAGAAAAUGA